CCUGGCGGCGGCGCCCCCCACGGGCCCCGAGCAAAGCGCCCCCGCUGCCGGGACCGCCAUGGCCUCAGGGCCGCUGUCGAGCGCCUUCCCGCCGCCGCUGUCCUCGCGCCCCCGCCCCCGCCGCCUGGCCGUCCGAGAGGGGGCCAGGCCUCCCCCCUGCGCGCCGGCUUCGUCGGUCAGCCCGGCCGGGGCGUCGCUGCGCGGCGGGAGGAAACACAGAAUGGAGGAAGAGCCGGAGGGGUGCCCCCCGGGCAAGAAGGCGGCGGCGGCAGCGUGGUUGUCCUGCGCGGGGGCGCCCCCCGGCCCGCCAGAAGCGCCCUGCGAGGAAAUGGAGCAGGCCGGGCCGGAGCAGCAGUGCGAGGCUGCCCGCCGGAAGCUGCAGGAGAUCGAGGACAGGAUCACCGAGGAGGACGAGGAGGCGGAGGAAGCGGAGGGACUUGCAGGCAGGCCUGAGGGCCACCUGCCCACCCUGGUCCUGUCCCACACGCUGCAGACUGGACUGAAGCAGGACUACGAAGGAAUCUUGACCAAGAAAAUCAUAGAGUCCAUGAGCCGUCCAUCCAUGGAGCUGGUGCUUUGGAAGCCGCUCCCUGAGUUCCUCCCUGAAAAAGCAGAUUCGCCUUGCAUUAAGAGCUACAAGCUGUUGGUCUCAGAAAGAUGCCUUGGAAAGCCAGCAGCCCUGGAAGCUGUCUUUCCGUCACAGACAGACGAAUUCCUUGAGGAGCCUCAGCACGCAGAAAUGCCGUUGGCCCACUUUGGGGCUGUUGGACCGAGUGGGCCUGCAGAAGAAGAGAUGGAGCUGUAGAAGGGAAAGAAGCCAGCGGCUUUACCUUUACUUUUGGGGCAAGCAGAGACACUGCAGCAAUUGGAAGGUGUGGUUCUGUAAGAAUCCAGAGGCUUUGCUAUACAUCUAGGACAUGGGGAAGGCACUCUGGGGCUCCUGAAAAUAAGCUGGCUGGUUCUUUGUGUGUACCUUGUCACCUUCUUACACAGUGAGAUGCCAAAUGUGUCCCAUCCUUUAUGCCUGCUAGGCCGUAAGUCUUGUUUUCUUGGAGCACCAGUCUAGAGUUUGGGUCUUUUUCAAAAAGGAUCCUGAGAAAUUGGAUUGCUUGUGACAAAUACAGUGUUCAUUUCUGCUGCAGCCUUUCAAAGUUUGAGCUGGGUGGGCUUACCUGAAGCUCCUGUUCUAGCUAUUUGCAAGGAAUGUCCAUUCAGGCAUGAGGAUACAGCUCCUUCUCCACAAACUCGACUCAAGAUAGUUGGUGGUGUUGACUUGCAGACUCUGUAGUGUGAGCAGAACAUGUGAGCCAUUGAGCCGUGAGUGGCUCACAUUGGCAAAACCCCUCUGCCCUGUGGUUCCUCCCAUGGGGGAUCUCAGCGGGCACUGACAGCACUGAGGGAAGUAGAUCAUGGCUAGUGGAUAAUGCACCAGUUAAAUGUCAGACCGCCUGUCAGAUUAUGCACUUCUUUUAGCUUCUCGUGCUCAAGGAGCCAAUUGGCAGGCCAGCACUCAGAAGCUCUUGCAAUGCCAUUGUAAAUGGAAAUUAUUGGUGGAAUUUUUAUGCCUCAACUCUUGUUGAGAAAUAGCUUUUCUAAGGAAAAGCUCAAGCUUUACAAACUGCCUGCCAGAUAUCCAGAAAGGGCAAGCUUUGUUGAUUUUUUUUCCCAUGAAAGAAUGACGAUUAAAAGUAGCUUGUGUGUCUUGGGUUCUGUUUUCCAUUUUCUGCAGAUCCCUUUUCUUGGUCCCAAAAUGUAUUAGCCUUCAUAGCUAAUAACUUUUGAACUUUGACAUUGGGCAGAUCUUUAAAAUGUUCCGUAGAUCUCAGUAAACCCGUUCUGAUGUUUACAACUGACAUCUUAAUAUUGCUACUUUGUGAAGUUGCCUUUGCUUUUAAGUAACUGUUUUCAUUCUAGCAAAAGCCUUUGUGCCUCUGUCUUCUGUUUGUUGAAUAGCAAGCCCAAGUCACUCAAAAAGCUUGUGAAGUUUUGGAAGGAGCCGGAUGGCCUUUCUAUGUGCUGUGAGAGAUCAGAAACCACAUGCUGUGUCCCAGGGCGAACAGCUGGUGCCAAGCACCCACAGGAUUGGGGCUGGUUCUGCCUACAUCCUCCACAAUCCAGAUAAUCUGACUGCCUUUUCUAUUAGAGCUGUUUCUGGUUAACAUUGGUUAGACUUUGCUCUGGUGUGGGAAAGGGGAAAAGGAUUUGUUCCUUAGACUAUAUAUAAAGUAACAUCUCCAAUCAUUGGAUUGGCUGCCCUUGAAGUUACCAAUCCUCACUCACAGAGGAAUAAAAACCUGCUUUUUGAGUGUAUCCAAAAGUGUAAUUCUUUGAGCGAUUGAUGGGUACUCAUUUGUUGAACAAGAAUUGCAUAGAGGUGGGAAUUUGGGGAGUAUUUUUUGUUGGAUAGUUAAUAUGGAAACCAGCAGCAUUGCAUUGUGGUCUGUCUGCUAUUGGGCCAAAUCACAAUUUGUAUGUCAAUAAACUUUUUUUUUAACAUUUGUAAAAUGCA